AUGUCGACUGGCUCAGUCAAGGCUAUGGGUUUUCCAGGUGUUGCCAGUUGGGAACACGCGAUGACGCCAAGCGAAAACCUUAGCCCGACAGAAGCGAAGCAACGCCAAUCCUACGUCGACAACUUGGAGGCCUCCAAGCUCGUGGAGAAAAAGAGGAGGUUUCACAAGGGUAUGGAAAUAUUGAAGAACUUGCAAAGCGUACCCCCAACUCGUCAAAAACCUACCUCGUUGAAGGGAAAACAGGUGACUCGCUUCCUGCAAGGGUUCUUACACGGCGGAUUCCACGGCCGUCCGGAUGUAGCUACAGAGUAUGUAGGCCACGCCAUUGAGAUCAUCAAGUUAGGCAGAAAGGUGUGGUCAAAUGUACCAGACUCAGAGAAGGGCGCAGUGUUUCGGGAGACCUUUCUCAUGGGACUUAGGGCCGAGUGA